UCACAAGGCAGUCGACGCGAGGCUCGGACUGGUGCCAACUGCCAAGGCGUGUUCUACUCCACCACCGCCGCCGCCGCCGCCGCCGCCGCCGCCGCCACAGCCACCGCCACCGCCCACCGCCCACCGAUGACGCGGAAGACGGGGAAGAAGAGAGGCGGAAGCAAGCCCAAGCCCAAGCCCCAAACCGAGACUCCACUUUCCUCCAACUCUGUUCCGCCCCCACCGUCGGAGGAGGCAGCGAUCCAUGUCCUCACCCUGGAUGUCCUCCCCAACAUCCUCCGCCGCCUCUCCCUCGCCGACCUCCUCCGCGCGGCCCUCACCUGCCACCGCUGGCGCCGCGCCGCCGCACGCUGCCUGCCCAGCGCCCCUCCCCUCCUCGGCUACUUCUUCCACCCCGCCAAAACCGGCAACAAGCUAGCCUACUACGAGCCCGUAUUCGCUCCCCUCCACGCCUCCUCGCCGCGCCUCUCCCUCGACUUCGCCCCGGACGUCUCCCGCUACAAGCUCUUCGACUGCCACCACGGCCUCCUCCUCCUCCAGCCGGCCGCAUCGGUCCCCAAGGUCAGCCACCCCCGCCUCCUCGUCCUCGACCCGGCCACCCACCGCCGCGCUCUCCUCCCGCCGCCGCCGCGGGACACGGUGCCCGACGACCACCGAUGGCGCACCUCCAGGUACUACGUCGGCUCCGCGCUUCUCUCCCGCGCGCACCCGACUUCGAGCAAGCUCUGCUUCGAGGCCGUCUGCUUCGCCAUCGACGGCGGCCACCCGCGCGUCUGGGUCGCGUCCUUCGGCAACGACAAGUGCCGCUGGCGCGCGCUCCCGCUGGACAACAAGGUCGUCGUCGAUUUCGACCCCUACUGGUUCGAGCGCCGCUGCGUGCACGCUGCUGGGAAGAUGUACUGGCACAUCUGCAACUCCCGCCGCGUCAUCGCGCUCCACCCCGCCACGCUGCAGUUCACCUACCUGCUGGCGCCGGAUAGCCUGCCGGAUGGCUGCAAGUUCCGCAUCGGGGAGACGCCUGACGGGCGGCUGUGCAUUGCGACCGUGGAGGAUCAGAUGAUGCAGCUAUGGGUGCGUGGGGAGACCAGGCGCAGCGACAACGGGUGGGUUCUGGAGAGGGAGAUGGAUCUUCGCAAGGUGUACGACACGGUGCCGGGCCUGCCCAGGGACAUGGAAAGCAGGGUAAAGAGCAUCUAUCUCACCGACAUCGACGCGGGGAACAAAACGAAGCUGUUCAUCCAGAUGCUGGGAUACGGCCGCUACUCCUUCGAUCCGGAGACCGGCAAGCUGGAGCGCCUGGCCACGAGAAGCGGCAAGGAGUACGGGGACCCCAUCUGCGCCUACUUCCUUGCAUGGCCGCCUGCCUUCCUUGCUCAACCGUAAAAAUGGCUUGACGACGUUCAGUUAUCUGGUGAUGACUUCAGACUACGUACUGAGGCAAGGUAUCGGUUCAUAUUUUGUUCGAAGUCAGCUUGCACAUCAUUUAACUUCUGGUCACCGCUGUGCUACUGCGAUCUCCCCAGCACAUAGGGAAAGCUCCGAGUAUGUUAUUCUCUAUGUGACAAUGCACCAGACUGUUAAGCAAACGCGGUGAUAUUCAAGCGAAUUUUGUAGCAUGUGAUGAUCUGAAUACAGCGGUUAACAACAAAAUGUGCUGAUGCUUGUUGCGAGCAACAUUUAUCGUAUUUUGACGACACAUUCAAAUCUCAUGCUUGAUACAUAGUUUGUGUCCUGCGAUGGUAGCUUGAAUCUGUAUGUGCAGCUGCAACAAUGGCUCACCUGGUUGAAUCUGGCUAGGGCAACUCCUGUCUAAACACCAUCGCAUUUGCCUUGUCUUCUGCAGAUAGCUACUAUUAUUUUAUCUAAACGAAUGUCAAAGCAGUAACAAGCAGUCUGAAGAUUACGCUUGGAGUGGAGCAGGAAAUGAGCAAUCAGAAUGAAAUAUCGCAGUAGCAUGUGAAAAUCCACCUAGUACUUCGCCGUGAUGCUGCUGCAGUCAUGCAUAGCUGGCUAGCUGCGUUCUUUGAUCAAGAUGUUGGCGGAGCAUGUGAAAAUGUAUUUAUGUCUCAUCUUUGUACACGCACUGGUGUAGCCAGGAAGCCAGUUUCCUAUUUCGUGUAAGUGUACUUUGCUUGCGUACUCUGGUCAAAACUAAGCCUUUCU